CGCCGGGUCAGCGGUCCGCGCCUGUGACUGGCUGCGGCGCCCGCGCGGCGCCCUGAGUGGCGCUGCUGGCGGGAAGGUUGAGUGGCUGGUGCGCCGAGCCUCCGGGGCGAUGUGUAGUGACUUCCACAGGGCCGAGUCUGGGACGGAGCUCCUUGCCCGACUGGAAGGUAGAAGUUCCUUGAGAGAAAUAGAACCCUGUCUGUUUGCUGAUGAAGAUUCACCCGUGCAUGGUGACAUUCUUGAAUUUCAUGGUCCAGAAGGAACAGGAAAAACAGAAAUGCUUUAUCAUUUAACAGCACGAUGUAUACUUCCAAAAGCAGAAGGCGGACUGGAAGUAGAAGUCUUAUUUAUCGAUACGGAUUACCACUUUGACAUGCUUCGGCUUGUUACAGUUCUUGAGCAUAGACUGUCCCAAAGUUCUGAAGAAAUAAUGAAAUACUGCCUUGGAAGACUGUUUUUGGUGUACUGCAGUAGUAGCACCCAGUUGCUGCUCACGCUGUACUCUCUAGAAACUCUGUUUUGUAGUCAUCCCUCUGUCUGCGUUUUGAUUGUGGACAGCCUGUCAGCUUUUUAUUGGAUAGACCGUGUCAAUGGAGGGGAAAGUGUUAACUUACAGGAGUCGACUUUGAAGAAAUGUUCUCAACUCUUGGAGAAGCUCGUCAGUGAGUAUCGAUUGGUGCUUUUUGCAACAACGCAGAGUAUAAUGCAGAAAACCUCCAACGCAGCAGAAGGGCCUUCUUGUGCCUUUCGUCGCCCCGGUGAUGGGGACAUAGACUAUAGGCCCUACCUCUGUCGAGCCUGGCAGCAGGUGGUAAAGCACAGGGUAUUCUUCUCCAAACACGAGGAUCCUGAUACCAGCAGCCGAUUUUCUUUAGUUUCACGUCACUUAAAAAGUAACAGUUUAAAAAAACUCUUCUUCAUUAUUGGAGAAAGUGGUGUUGAGUUUUGUUGAUGUGUAUCAUGAAAUUGUCUGUUGUAGGAUAAUAUGCAGGUUUAAAAAAGUCUUUAAUAGGCUAAAAUGAUUUGAUUCUAAGGUUUUCAGUUCUAAGGGAAUUUAAUAUGAUAUGUCUACACAGACUGGAUUUCUUAAACUAAAACAGCAAGACCUCGCACUAUUCUGUUCCUAGGUCGUUGAGGAUUAUUCAAAGUGAUGACAACAAUCGUAUAUUAAGUUGUUUUAAAACUAAGAUGCAGGAGUUCCCGUCGUGGCGCAGUGGUUAAUGAAUCCCA